AUGGCGGCGAUGCCAAGUCUGGGCAACCUGUUUGCGCUCGCCGUGCUCGCAGGACUGGGGCUGACGUGGGCCGAACCAGAAGCCAGUGAUGCUUUGACUCGCGACUCCGAGUGCGAGCAGGGGCAGUGUGCUCUGAAUGCUCUACAGUUGCAAAAGGCGGCUGUGGACGAGCAUAAGGAUUCCGCGGGAGAAAAUGCGUCUGUGGAGUUCAACCUUUACGGCUAUCACCACUGGGCAACCACCACCGUUUAUGGAGAUGCACCACGUGCAGCUUGCGGGGGGGUCAACACCGCUCAGCUCGUGAGAGGAACCCCAUACUACAACGUGGCAUCGGCUCAGUCGAUGUGGCUGAACUGUGGUGGAACCGGGAGUUGCUGGUGUGGCCAGAGCGGCGGGGGUGGCGGAACUACCGGAAUGGGUUGCUUUUCAUGUGCCAAAGGCCGCUUCCUUCGCAGCUCUUAUGGAACGCGGGGAAAGGCAUUGUGGGCGCUCCUGGAAGAAGAGAAAGAGGAGACGAGCAGCACUGCCUUUAUCACCGAGAACUCAAGCUCGCCCUUCGCGUCGGGGGAGAUCGUCAUCGUAGUCGGUGACCUGUGCCCCAGUGCAGGGAACGAAGAUUGGUGUCCGAAAAGUCCCGGAAGGCGCAACACCUAUGGAUCAUUUCACCACCUUGACUUCUCGCACUAUCCGUGGAACAUCGACACACGGCGCUCGGUGCCAAAUCUUAAUUUCGUCUUCAGCAGGAUGGAAUGCCCACAUGAAAUUCGGGUCCUGCCGCUGUUGAACAACCUCCUGGAGAAUCGAGAGAUGCAGCUGGAGGAUGGGCGGUUUCUCAGCCGAUUUGCAACAGGCGAAUGCGCAGGGCAUGGCACCGAUGGCACCGUCAAGGACUGUGAGAUGGUUCGGGUUAGCCCAGACUUCCUUGUCAUCGCCAUAGGCAUGCCAUGCCGUGGGAAUCCGUUGGAUCCACCACUGCGAUCUCGCUUCGCCAGCCACAACAUCCAUCGACGGAGGGCUGCAGAGGCUGUGCAGGAUGCCUCAAGGCAUGUUCCUGGGGUGACGGAUGCCAUCCUCAAGAAAGUCAAAGCUGUGCUGGAGGAGGUCGAAAUCAACGCCAUCAAUUUGAAAAACAAGGUUGAUGCUGAAGCUGUGGCUGUGGUGCUCGAGACAGUUCGCCAAUAUGGAGAUCUUCUCGGCUUUGCACAGGGAAAAUACCACAGGGAUCCUGAAGUGGUCCUUGCAGCCGUCGCGUCAAGCAGCUGGGCCAUGAGAUAUGUUGACCAGAGCCUUCUAAAUGACGACAGCUUUGUGCUGCAGAUUUUGCGAGCCAAUCCAUUGGCCUUGCGAUUGCUUCCGGAGCAGUUCCGAUCGGAUCGGAGCUUCGUCUUGGCCGCGGUGACUGGGGACGGGCGCAGCCUCGCUUUUGCGGCAGUGGAGCUGCGCUGCGACACGGGCUUCGCUACGCAGGCUGUUCGAGCGAAUCCGGAUGCCUUGGAAUUUGUGCCAGAGCACUUGAAGGCAGACCGCGACUUUGUUGCCAUCGCGCUAGCAAACGAUGGGCGUGCUUUACGAUUUGCCUCAGCGCAGCUUCGUGAUGACCGAGAAUUGGUGCUGUCGUCGGUGCAGCAGAACUCUGCGGCCAUGGCGUUUGCAGGUGCAUCUCUUCUAGAAGAUCGUGGCUUUGUCUUGGAAGCAGUGCAACUCCAUGGUGUGGCGCUGGAACACGCUCCACGUUUCCAUGGAGACGAGGAAGUUGCUCUGCAUGGGAUCGCUUCUUGUGCUGAAGCUAUGCGAUUCGCGGAUGGCUUGCGAGACAGACGAAGCUUUGCAUUGCAAGCAGUCAAGACAGCAGGUCGGAGCCUCCGAUACGUUUCAGCUGAGCUUCGUGGAGACAAGGAGCUUGUCCUCGCGGCUCUUGCGAAUUCUGGCGUGGCACUGGAGUUCGUAUCUGAGGAGCUCAAGGAAGACGAGGAGGUCGUCUGGUGCGCCGUUUCUCAGGACAUCUCUGCUCUGCAACACGCACCAGCCUUCCGGGCCAAUGCGAAGUUCCUGCUGCGCUGUGUCGCGUGUCGGUCAUGCGACGUGCUGGAAUACGCCGACAGAGGCCUGACAGCGGACAAGGAGUUUGCGUUCAGCGUUGUCGCCCAAGACGUGCACUCUCUUCGCUUUUUGGCAUCUGAGCUGCAGUGCUGCAGGGAUCUGAUCCUACACGCCACGGCGCUCGAUGAGACGGCUUCACUCUCCUAUGCUGGAGAGCUUGCUGAGCCUUUAGAGAGCUUCUUGUCUGAAGCCCGACGGCUUGGCAGCGCCGGCGCAAUGGUGCGGCGCCACCCAAACAGCAGGAACAUCGUCCUGCGUGGAGUCGCCUGGCACCCGCUCUCGCUGUGGUUCGCUUCGGCCAACCUCAAGACCGAUCCUGAGUUUCAGGAGCAAGCGGCGUGGUUGAGCAACCAAGCUCCCGUUGCAAGUGCGGCGGCUGCACCUUCCGGCGUGAUGGAGCUUUUUCCGAAUGCGUCGGCUUUUGCGACAAUGAGGCGAAGCUAUCCGCUGGACCUCGUGCACGCUGGGGCAUCAGAAUGGGGGGCAUCUGGCAAAGGAAACAAACAGGCAUCUUCAGGAUGUCUGGUGGAGGCCGUGCGAAAGUCUGAGGAGAAUUGCAAGGCCACAGUGACAUUCCGUGAUCAACAGACUGCAGAGCUCCAGGACGUUGCAGUUCCUGCUGGCAACUGGCGAGCGGGGAAGCUUCAGGCUGGAAGCCUGCGCUUGACUCCCACGCAACAGCGUCUUGUGGGGGCAAUCAUGCAAGACCAUGCCGCUGGUAUGGAUAUCUGCCUCGUUGGAGAGAAGGGCGUUGGCAAGAGUGCACUGGUCCGAGCAUUUUCAGAGCAGCUCGGGUUGCGACGGCGGGUGAUAUUCUGCUUCAAGGACCUGCUCGCUCGAGACUUGCUGCAGCGGCGCACUACGGACCAAGUUGGGCAGACACAGUGGCAAGACUCUGCACUCGUGCAGGCGGCCAUUGGCGGGGACAUAGCAGUGUUGGAUGGCCUGCAUCGCUUGGCACAUGGCCACGUGGCUAUCCUCGGCCCGCUUCUGGCUGACCGAGAAGCAGUGCUGCCGGAUGGCUCCCGCCUGGUGUCACCAGAGAGGUGGAGAAAGCUUAUUGCUGUCAAGGGCCUGUGCCAGGACUGCAGGGAGUUUGAAGAGGCGCAUGUGCGCUUUAGAGCUGUGCAUCCCUCUUUCCGCUGCGUGGCCACUGCAGAAACUCAAGCAUCACAGCGGGAAGGACGGCAGAAUCUUUGGCUUGAUGACGAGGUGGCCACACUCUUCCACUUCCACUCUGUGGCUCCAUUGCCUGCUCAGGAACAAGUGCAGCUGGCGACCCGGUCGAGGGUGUCCAAGAACGAGCAGGUCUUCCAAGGUCUCAUUAUGUUCGGUGAGAAGAUGCGAAGCGCUUCGCUCGAAGAUCCCGGGCUGGAGCCUUUGAGGAUGACGCUGCGGAUCUUGCUGCGCAUUGCUGUGCACCUCGACAAGCGGCCUGGCGAUGUGGUGGGCGCCAUGAGCCGCGUCUUCUCAGCAUGCUUGGACUUCUUACCGCCGUCCUCCCAGGAGGCUGUGCACCGUAUCCUGCAAGCAGCGCUGAAGGCAUCAGGUGUGCCCAUCACGCACUGGGUGCCACAUGCGCUGGCAGACGACGAUUCGAGAAGGCGUCGACAGGAGCUGCGGGAGCUUGAAAAUAUUGCCAUUCAGGCGAGGAUGUUUGGAGGCGGUGGCCAAGAAGUGGACGAAGCCAGGGAGAAGGCAGAGUCUGACAGGGAGCAGCAACGUCGUGCAAGACUCGAGAGCCUGCGAAAGCAAGGUGAAGCCAGCCUUUUGAGGAAACCAGUUGAAGCUGCCCGAGUGGCAAACGGCAUCCUGAAGAUUGGAGAUGUUUCAUGUCCCCUGCGGGUGCCAGCCAGGCCAGAGUUGGUCCCCGAUGUGGCCUUCGUUGACAUUCCACAGCAUGUCGACAUCCUCAAGGGCAUGCUACUUGAUUGGUCGCUUGGUCAUCACUUGCUCCUUGUCGGGAACCAGGGUGUGGGCAAGAACAAGCUCACGGACCGACUGCUCGGGCUCUUGCAAUGUGAACGAGAAUACAUCCAACUCCAUCGAGACACAACGGUGCAAAGCCUAACGCUUGCGCCAAGUCUACGCUCUGGAGUUGUGGUCUGGGAAGAUUCGCCAUUGCUGCGAGCGGUGAAGGCCGGACGGUGCCUAGUUGUCGAUGAGGCAGACAAAGCUCCCCUGGAAGUCGUCUGCGUGCUGAAGGCUUUGUCCGAGGAUGGCGAAUUAAGCCUCCCCGAUGGGCGCACGGUUGUACGAGAAAACGAUGCGCGAUUCGCGGAGGCAUCUGAUGAAGUCGUAAAGAUGUCCAGCAGCUUCAGGCUUUUCGUGCUGGCAAAUCGCCCAGGUUACCCUUUCAUGGGUAACGAUUUCUUUAGGGUUUGUGGUGACGUCUUCAGCUGCCAUGUGGUGGAUAACCCGGACAUUGCUAGUGAAGUGGAGCUGCUGAAGAGUGUCGGCCCUGAUGUUCCUAAAAAUCGAAUCAUUCAGCUGUCCUUGCUUUUCGCAGAGCUGCGGGAGCUCGUGGCAUCAGGCCAGCUGGCCUAUCCGUACUCAACGCGGGAGCUCGUGAAACUCGUAAGCCAUGCGCAACGCUUUCCUCGAGAUUCCCUGGAGGAAGUCGCUGCUGGUGUGUUUGCCUUUGAUAUCGCCGAUACCAAAAAGCGCAAGCCUUUGUUGCAAGUGCUGCAAAGGCAUGGUAUUGCAACCACGGAAGAGGGAGUACGUCUUCUUGAAGGACGACGGCAUCAAAGCAACAUGACUCUGCGACUGGAUGAGGACAGGGACAAGUCGAAAGACGUUACUAACCAGGACAACCCAGAUGGAGAACGGCCACCGGACAUGGCAGAAGGCGGGCCAAAGCAUGGCGAGUGGGACGGCCAACAACAUAUUGGUGGCAACCGAUUUGCCGGUGGAAGCGGCGGCACAGGCACUGCAGGACUUGGAGGUCGCUGGGGGCCUUACCGACUGGAUGUGGGUCAAAAGCUGGUCCAGGUCUCCGAGGACAAGAAGCAAGGCUUGGAUGAGGCCACGAAGCGAAAAGCUCAGCAAAUGGCGGACGAAGCCUACCAGAAGAGGCUUGCCGAGAUGAAGAUGUCCCUGAAAGAAGGAGAGGCCUAUGCGGCCCUGCGGGAACAGGUUGCCACGCAAAUUCAAGAAAUGAAGGUCUGCCUAGAAAGCCAGGCAGCUCGACAGCACGAGCGACAAUGGCUGAAGAAUCAGACGAUGGGGGAGUUGGAUGAGAGCCGCUUGGUGGAUGGCAUUACUGGGUGCAAGACGGUCUACAUGAGACGUGGGGAUCCUGAGGGGCAGAUGUUUGGCAAAAGCCAGCAACAUCCAAAGCGCCUCACCUUUGUCAUGGAUAUCAGCGGCAGCAUGUAUACAUUCAAUCGGAUUGACCGACGGCUGCAGCGAUUGCAAGAAGUUGCAGCCUUUAUCUUCGAGAGCUUCACAGGCUUUGAGGACAAGUACGACUACCGCAUGGUCGGGCACAGUGGCACAGGCCCCGAGGCCGAGCGACUCGUCGAAUGGGGCAGGCCGCCCCGCUCGGACAGGGAACGGCUUGAGAUUUGCAAGUCCAUGGAGGCACACGCUCAAUUCUGCUAUCCUGGGGACCAUACACUGGAGGCUACUGCUCGCGCAAUCGCAGAGCUCGGCCGGCAGACGGCAGACGAACGCUUUCUGCUGGUCGUAAGCGAUGCGGACCUGCAGAGGUACAACAUCGACAUUCGGCAGCUUGGCUUGAAAGUAGACCCGCCUCGGCUCCUCACCAAGCCCAGUUGCAUCAGCCAAUUGUAA